CGGUUUGAUUUUUUUAGAUUUUCCCCACUCACCCCUAGCUGGUUCCUCUCUCUUCGUCCAGGACCUUGGUGUUCAAUCUCUGGCACUGUUCUCCUCCGACAAUCUGUGACAUUGGGCGCCGAUAUCCAAUGGAAGAACUGAAAUCUCGGCAGUAUUAAUUUGCGAGGCAGCAUCUACGCUCUACAGAAGCGGGUUUGCGAUUGUCGUCUCCAACAGCGAAGGGCUGAAUUACUAUUGACAUGGCUGACCACUCCAAGGUCGAUGUUGUUCAGCUGAUCAAGCGAUUCGGAGCUUUCCUCACUGUCAAGAUUUCCAAUAUCCUCCGUUCCAUGGAUUCAAAAUCUGUUGGGGCUUUGGCAGGUCUUGCAUUAGCAAUAGUGUUUACCUGGAGACUAUGGAGAUCUCCAGGUGGAACUCAAAGAAGGAGACCUAAACGACAAGCUGUGCCGCCAAGUAGCUCUGAAGCAAGUAGCCAUGCAGAUGAAACUAUAUCUGCUGUUGUUGCUAACCCAUCAUCAUAUGAUUCAAGAGCACAAAAUGUUAUUGAUGAGUUCUUUCAGCCUGUAAAGCCAACCCUAGGGCAAAUAGUUCGGCAGAGGUUGAGCGAAGGGAGGAAGGUAACAUGUCAGUUACUUGGUGUGAUCCUCAAGGAAACUAGCCCUGAGGAGCUUCAGAAACAAGUAACUGUGAGAUCCUCUGUUCUGGAAGUAUUGCUUGAAAUCACCAAAUUUUGUGAUCUUUAUCUCAUGGAAAGAGUUCUAGAUGAUGAGAGUGAAAAAAAGGUCAUCUUGGCUUUAGAAGAUGCUGGAGUAUUUACAUCUGGUGGGUUGGUGAAGGACAAGGUUCUCUUUUGUAGCACUGAGAAUGGGCGAAUAUCCUUUGUCAGGCAGUUGGAACCUGAUUGGCAUGUUGACUCAAAUCCUGAAAUUAUUUCCCAGUUAGCGAGAUUCAUCAAAUAUCAGCUUUACAUCUCGCUGACCAAACCCGAAGCAACAGCAGCUAAUGUUUUCAGCUCCGCUUCCUUGGAACAGUUCUUCGGGUGUGUUUAAUGCGUAACCAGCCAAAAGAUAAAGAGAGCAAAAGAAAGAAUGAAAGAGAAUGGUUUCAAUGCAUUUUCUUCCCACUUGUUUUAGGGCAUAUCUCUAUGGGCAUUAAGAGUUUGUUGAGGGAGAUAUUGUAAAAAUGGUACUGGGUAUUAGUCUGAUGACAGUGUUUGAUUAUAAUUCAUGUGUAUGGAGUGUUUGUUGAACAUUAAAAGGCCAUAUCUUUGUAUUUGUUGAAUGAAUGACAUCUAUAUUAAUGGACUCAGAUUUCAGAUUUGUUGUAAAGUUGAGAUAUGCAUACACAAGAAAUUGAAGACAAAUGA